AUGUCAACUUCGACGCUCCAGCUCCUCCCAACAACAGCGACCGAGAUUGCCCAGCUCGACCCCGCAACUCUGGCCUCGAUCCCUGGGGUCGCCUACGACCUCAAACGCCUCAAGGUCUACUCGUCCUGUCUCCGCUGCAGAGCCAAGAAGGUCAAGUGCGACCGCAAGGAGCCCUGCUCUCGCUGCGUCAAACACAGUGUCGAGUGCUCCUAUCGUGAACUCGCCUCUGUCCAGCUCGAUAUCCGUCAGUUCCAGCGUCACCUCAACAACCCCAAAAUCAGAAAGGAUGGCGCCGGCAUCAUUACCUCAACUGCGACUCCUAUUAUUACACUCCCCUCGGGCGACACUGCCGUCCUCUCGCCCGCCACCACUGCUGCUGCCACCUUGAUCGCAGCCGCCAAGGCCGGUGCCGCGGCUUCUCUCGCUGCUGGGUCUGGUUCAGGCUCUAAUAAAAAGAUUUCUGCUGAGAAAAAGGCAGCUUCUGCCGCCGCUAAGUCUUCUACCUCGUCGCCCUCCUGCUCUGUCCCCGUCUCGCCCACUACCGCCACUGCUGCCACCCCUCUCCACUCACACCCGGGAAGCCCCGCAAGCAGCGGUAGCAGCACCGAUACCGAGUCUGACACCCCCAUGUCUGCCCCCGCCUCGGCCAAGAGCAUCGCCAUGGCUCGCGCCAAGGUCCAUAAGAUCAUCCGUCGCAAGCCUGUCGUCCACAGACCUACCGUCGCUCCCAUCGAGAGGUUCGAGUCCAUCCAGGUCCACCGCCAUCAUCAUCCCAACAGCCAGUUGGUUGCCCAUGCCACCGAGGACGAUGAUGAUGAUGAGGACGACGACGCUGAGGAUGACAACGAUAUGGAUGACGACGACGAGGAUGAGGAUGAGAUUGAGCGUGUCGUCCUGCGCAGCAACCCUGGCUCUGGCCCCACCUUCUCCCACAUCACUGCUCUUCAGCAGCAGCAAGCUGAUGCCAACAUGUUGUCCGAGACUGAUGAUGAGGACCAGCCCCAGAGCCGUCGUCGUCGCAACAACGAAGACGUCCCCAUUUGGCGCGCCAAGGCCGUUGGCAAGCACACGCAGACCGUCCAUGAGCAAGACCUAGCGGAGACGUUUGGCCUCGCCGCCUACCUCCAGGCCAAGGAGUCGUCCAUGGAUGCUGGUGUUCCCGGCCAGACCAUCGAUUACGAUAUGGAGCUCGAGCGUGCCCUUGCCCAGCGCCUGCCCACAUCAUUCUCUCGUCCUGACCGUUCGUUGUCUCGCGCCCGCAAGUACGCCCAGGCUGGGUACAGCCCUUCCUUGCCCUAUGCCCGCCCCUCACACUGCCAGCUUGCCGGCGCCGCUAGCAACGGAGCCCAUGCCCCUGUCGCUGCCAACUGCUGCUGCCAGAUUGCGGCCAAGCAAGGCCAGGCGCCUGGCACUUGCUUCUUCUCAGAGAAGGAUGGCCGCUCCUUCGUUCGAGAAGAGGACUCCUCCAUGUCGCCCCCACCUGCCCAGGUUGUUGGGUAUGAGCAAGGCGAGACUGGCCGCAUUGCCUACUCGCCCUCGUACCAGCCCUCUUACAAUGCCAAGAACACUGCCUCUGGUGCUGCUGCUACUAGUCCUGUCUCGCCUGCUAGCGCCCAGAAGAUGGAGUGGUCUUCCUCGUCGAAGUCGUCCAUGAUCCCCCCAGCUCUAGCUAUCUCAUCGUUGAAGAAGUUUGACUCGUCUUCCGCGUCAUCCACCCCGAUCUCGUCGCCCAGAAUCGAGUUGCCUCCGAUCUACCUGCCCAAGCUGCCCUUCCACCAGACCACCCCCGCCUCAUCCGACCUCUCAGCCUUCCAGGUCGGUCGUAGCAGCACCAACAAGGGUACCAACGGCAACAGCAACAGCAGCGGUGACAGCCGUGCCCCACUCGAGAUUGCAUGCAAGUUCAACGAGCCCAAUGUCGAUGCUUGGGACAUGAUCGAGAAGCCCCUCUCGCGUACUGUCCCCAUUACGACCAAGCGUGGUCGCUCUGUCAAGAUGGAGAUGAACUGGAUCCUCUCUUAA